AGGCCGCGAUGGCAAGGGGAGCGGGUCCAGGACGCCUGCGCCGCCCCGGUUUGAGUGGCCUUUCGAGUGAGAGCGGAUCCUAGGGCACAGUCGGGAGGCGGUCGGGAUCGCCCGUCCUCUGCGGGAGCCCGGACCUGAAUGCAGCUCCCCUCUUGGGCCCCUUUGUCUGCAAGCCGCUCCGCACUGGGCUUCGGCAGGCGACACAAAGGGAAGGCGGUGAGGACCGCGCAGGCGCCCGAGCCGCUGAGGUUGCUGGGAGCGGUGGUCCGGCCGCCUAAUGAAAUCCUAAAGGAGCUGGAUGAGUACUACGAGAAGUUUAAACUCGAGACCGACGGCGUCCAGAAGAGGAGGGUGCUGCACUGCAUCCAGAGGGCCCUGAUUCGGAGCCAGGAGCUGGGCGACGAGAAGAUCCAGAUCGUGAGUCAGAUGGUGGAGCUGGUGGAGAACCGGACCCGGCAGGUGGACAGCCACGUGGAGCUCUUUGAGGCCCAUCAGGAGGUCAGCGACACCACCGGCCACAGCGGCAAAGCCGGCCAGGAUAAGUCCAAGAGCGAGACAAUCACGCAGGCGGAAAAGACCAACAACAAGCGGUCCCGGCGGCAGCGCAACAACGAGAAUCGCGAGAACGCGGCGAAUCACCACGACCACGACGACAUCACCUCGGGGACGCCCAAGGAGAAGAAAGCCAAGGCCUCCAAGAAGAAGAAGCGCUCCAAGGCCAAAGCCGAGCGGGAGGCGUCCCCCGCAGACCUUCCCAUCGACCCGAACGAGCCAACGUACUGUCUGUGCAAUCAGGUCUCCUAUGGAGAAAUGAUCGGCUGUGACAAUGACGAGUGCCCCAUCGAGUGGUUCCACUUCUCCUGCGUGGGGCUGAACCAUAAACCGAAGGGCAAGUGGUACUGUCCCAAGUGCCGCGGGGAGAACGAGAAAACCAUGGACAAAGCCCUGGAGAAGUCCAAAAAGGAGCGGGCGUACAACAGGUAGUUGGCGGGGCGCGCCCGCCGCCGGGGAGCACGAGAGGCCAGUGUAUUUAUUCCACGCGCGCCGGGCGCCCGGCCGCCCCACGGGUGUUGUCAGCGCUGGGACAGGAGCCGCCCUUGUCGCGCCGCCGCCCGCUGCCUUUGUUUGCAUUGCUCACACGUGUAACGAGCGUGGUCUGUGGAUCAGCAUUUUAGGAACGACAAAUAUAGGUUUGAAUUAAACACCCAAGUGAGUCUCAGACUGAUUUGUUUUUUGUUCUUGUUUUCGCUUUGCUGGGGUGGGGGUGGCCCGGAAGCAGCCUCACACAGUAAACGUGGAAAGAGCUGUCACGUAGCCGCUAUUUCAGUAAAGAUCAUGCCAUCACUCCAUGAGCACGUUUAAAAAAAUUAGCCGAACUGCUAAAAAUACUAGCCCAGAGCAAGUCUGUUUCUUGCUCUAAUAAUGUCUGUCCAUUUAACAACUCAAUAGAAUGGUUUACAACGUGGAGAAUAUUUUUUAGGAAAGGAAAUGUUUAAGUUUUACCCGACAGACAUUUUGUAGACUGGCCUGUUCCCCAAAGGGCCGUUUUAUACAGUGAGUCGGCGUAGUUUUAAUGAAAUUGCGUGGAAGAGGUUGGGCCCUGGAACUUGGAUCACGCUGCUGUCAUCAGGCCCCCAGUGCAGCCACGUGUCAGGUACGCGAGGCGCAUAAAUGUGCGUUUCCAAGCGAACUGGCACUUGACGCGCCGUGAUCAGCGCCUCGUAGGACUGAGGUGUGCCUCCGUGUGAGCACGUGAGCUGUGCGGAUGGGAGGUUGGGAAGUCAAUGGAAUUUGGUCUGUUCGCGCCUCUAGCAGUGUAUUUAAUUUGGAUGUAAGUGGUUUUUAAAGUUUUGUUUUACAGAUUUGUAUACCAGCAGUUUAGACAAAGCCUUAAGCAAUUUCUUUUGUUGUUCUUCAUAAUGAAGUAGAAGUUCCUUUAUUGCCAGCAAGUAAACAUCAAAACAGAGUAUCUAUUCAGACCAGGGGGUGGGAACCACUGCCCGGAAGCCAAAUCCAGUUGACCACCUGUUUUUGUAGGGCCUGUGAGCCAGGAAUGGGCUUUAUGUUGUUAAAUGGUUAAAAAAAAGGUCAAAAGAAGAAUCCUGUUUCAUGACAUGUGAAGAUUAUAAAAUUCAAAUCUUAGUGUCCGUAAAUAAAGUUUUAUUGGCACAUGGCCCUUCGCAUC